CAAAGUAUAGAAAAUCAAAACAAGACGAAACAAAAACUACAAAGUCCUGGUCUUGUAAGGAAACUAGUAGAGCUCAACAAUGGAGUCAGUUUCGGAGAAAGAGAAGAAGCAUUCUGAUAACAGCACCACCACUGAUAAUGCCAAUAAUCCUCAUUCGCUUCAGGAUUCUUCUUCUGCCGCCGCCGAUAACUUCAGCAGUACGGACUCUCAAGAGUUUCGUGAACGCAUUACUCGCGACCUCAAAGCUGGUCUUCACCCCCUCAGGCAAAAGCUUAUAUUUUGGUACACUCGCCGGACACCUGGAGUUCGGAACCAAACAUCAUACGAAGACAAUAUCAAAAGAAUUGUUGAAUUCAGCACGGUUGAAGGUUUUUGGUUCGCUUAUUGCCACCUGGCCCGUCCGUCUUCUUUGCCAAGCCCGACAGACCUGCAUCUUUUCAAGGAGGGAAUUCGACCUUUAUGGGAGGACUCUGCAAACCGUAAUGGUGGCAAGUGGAUAGUACGUUUCAAAAAGGUUGUAUCAGGCCGUUUCUGGGAGGAUUUGGUCCUUGCAUUGGUUGGUGAUCAACUCGAUUAUGGAGAUAACAUAUGUGGGGCAGUGUUGAGCAUUCGUUUCAAUGAGGAUAUAUUAAGUGUCUGGAACAGAGAUGCAUCUGAUCACCAGGCUGUGAUGGCUUUAAGAGAUUCAAUCAAGCGACAUUUGAAGCUUCCACAUGGAUAUGUUAUGGAAUACAAGCCCCACGAUGCUUCAUUGCGUGAUAACUCAUCCUACAGAAACGCAUGGCUGAGAGGGUAAGAAUUUGGGAGCCAAGCUGUGAAAGGUUCCGAGUCCUAGUUUCGGAUUAUCACUUUACUAUCUUGACAUUACAUAAAAGCAACUUUAUGGGGGGAUGUCUUUGUACUGAAAGUCACUAAUGGUCAAUCAAAUGGAUUCAAUUACUACUUUCAGCUUAAAACCUAUGAAUAUAUGAAUACACUAUGCCGAAAUUAACACACAUAGUCCAACAAUUAAUUAUGUAAAAAGUGAAAAUGCCAUUUAGUGUGGCAUAAAAAUAGCUUGAUAGCAGUACUAGUUUUUCUUUUUCUUUUUGGGUAAAUAUUUGGGAUAUUUGUGGGGAAAGUAUCUAAUUUAUUAUAUUUGUAUUACUUAACUACUGAAGUUAUUUUUUUAGCAGCGAAAGUACUUUCCGUCCA